CUCGUUGUAGGUAAAAACCACAGUUGGGUUUCCUGUGAAAGAGGUGGAUGUUUUUUUAUCUCUCAGUCAAAGUGGAAAUUUUGUUGUCACUUAAACACCCAGACCACACUCUCCCACCCCUCUCACCAGCUAUAUAAACUGAAGAGGGAGGUGAUAUCUGCACUAAUACCAUUCUGCUCCUGACCAUCACUAUCUUCAUCACUCUUCAACAUCACCAUCAUCAUCAUCAUCAGUCAUGAUCUCUCGUUCUCUCCUGCUGGUUCUGCUGGUUCUCGCCUGCCUUCAGUCCUUCACAACGGCCAUUGUUGGAAAUACAGAAGAUAAGUGCUGUUUCAGCUUUCUGAUACGACAAAUCCCUGUAAGAGUCAUUACAGCUUAUGCAGUAACAGAUAUUCGGUGUGCAAAACCUGGAGUCAUCUUUACUCUACAGGACGGUCGUCAUUUUUGUGCAGAUUCCAGCUUCAAGUGGGUGAAACAUCACAUGAACAGAAUGUACCAGCAUUUAACAACCUGAACAAACCUACAGAGGGUUUAAAUCUUUUCUCCAUUAAUAAGUAAUGAAUAAUUAUUUUACAAAAUGUACUUAAAAAAGUACCUAGUCAGACAAACUUAAUAUAAUCUGAUUUAUUCUACAGACUGUUAACAUGAAUUCAUUUACUUUUUAUUUACAUUUCUCUGUUAUAAAAGAAAAUCAUAUUGGUUGCAUUCAAACCUAUUAAAAUGUACAGUACCA